UUACCCCACUUUUUUUUUCCUUGUCUCAAACUCGAAACCAAACGGGUACUCUCGCUCUCAGAAAUUCAAAACCUUCGUCUGGGAUAUAGUUUAAAGUGUAUUUACUCUCUCCCUCUCUUGUUGAGAUGGAGAACUUACCGACGACAAUGAAAUCGGAGCGGCGGUGGAGAUCUAAGCCUCUCCAGAGCACCAAACCCUCGCUCGUGAUGGCCUUCUUCUCUUGCCUCGCUUGGCUCUACGUUGCCGGCCGGUUGUGGCAAGACGCAGAGAACAGAAAAUUACUUUCCAAUCUUCUUUACAAGAACUCCCUCCAGAGACCCAAGGUUCUUACAGUAGAAGAUAAGCUAACGGUGCUAGGAUGCAGAGAUUUGGAGAGGAGAAUUGUGGAAGCUGAAAUGGAACUGACGCUGGCUAAGAGUCAAGGGUACCUCAAUAACCAAUUGCAGCAAAGCAAGUCUUCUUCUGGCCGAAGGCUUCUUGCCGUUAUUGGGCUUUAUACUGGAUUUGGUAGUCACUUGAAGCGAAAUGUUUUUAGAGGGUCUUGGAUGCCUAAAGGUGAUGCCUUGAGAAAACUUGAAGAAAGAGGAGUGGUCAUUCGUUUUGUAAUUGGUCGGAGUGCCAAUCGAGGUGAUAGCUUAGAUCGCAAUAUUGACAAGGAAAAUCGCACAACAAAGGAUUUCUUGAUUCUUGAAGGUCAUGAAGAGGCUCAAGAAGAGCUGCCGAAGAAAGUGAAGUACUUCUUCAGUACUGCAGUUCAAAAAUGGGAUGCUGAAUUUUAUGUAAAAGUUGAUGACAAUAUAGACCUUGAUCUUGAGGGUUUAAUUGGACUUCUUGAUCGUCGUCGUGGUCAAGAUGGUGCUUACAUUGGAUGCAUGAAGUCAGGAGAUGUGAUAUCUGAGGAGGGUAAGCCUUGGUAUGAACCUGAUUGGUGGAAAUUCGGUGAUGAGAAAUCGUACUUCCGACAUGCAGCUGGCUCUCUUCUUAUACUCUCCAAGAAUUUAGCUCAGUAUAUUAACAUAAACAGUGCAUCUCUUAAAACUUAUGCUCACGAUGAUGUAUCAAUGGGUUCGUGGAUGAUGGGUAUCCAAGCAACCUACACAGAUGACAAUCGCCUUUGCUGCAGUAGUAUUAGACAAGACAAGGUGUGCUCCCUGGCUUGAACAGAGGAAAUAGUUUAUCAGAAAAAUAUCCCCAACUUCUUUUAUUUGGGGACUGGAAUGUUGGUCUGUCUUGAUGGCUCAUUCACCGUGCACAUUUUUGUUUUAUCUCCUAAUAUGAGGGAUCUUUGAAAACAUCAGCAAGAUUAUUCAUUUGGAUCUGGAUAUUACCUGCAAUUUUUACAAGAUUUACACAUGUCCACCACAUUGUCCUGUCCUAUUGGUGGUCGGAUCUUAAGUGGAAGCUAGGUGCUAUAGUGUAAACUUGAUGAAAUAUUUCGUGUUUUAUUUAGUCAGUAAGGAAAGCUUCUGUUUCCUACAA